AUGAAUGUAGACAGUGUCUACCUAUUUAGUUGGUGGUUUGAUUGUGGAAGAUUCUCGAACAUAACCAGAAGGCGGUUUAGACAAGCGAUGGAUGGUUCAGGGAUGCGGCGCGCGCCUCCGGGCGGCUCGCUUUACGCUGACGCUACCUUCGACGAACAUAAUGGUGAAUACGAUGACGAUAAUGAAGCGUCUUCCAUGUACAGGCCAUUCUUAGGUUCCUCAGCUAGCCAUCAGCGCGGAAGACUACCAUACGGUUUAUCGAAUCUUAUGAACGCCCAAGACCGCGAUAUAAAGUCACCAGCAACAGAUGUGGGAAGCACAGCUAGCUUCGCAGCAAACAUUGGGACAGGGUUGGUCAACAAGUGGCAGUUAUUUCGUACAACCAUCUCGAGAGCCAUACCACCUGAUACACCAUCUGUAGUAUUGUCAGGGAAUUCACCAAUAUCACCGGCUAUAGGUGUAAACAGUGAACCUACAUUCGACGUAGGGUCUUGGUUUACUAAAAUACUCACAUGGUCUUACAAGUCGUGUCUAAUGGUACUAUCAGUGGGUCAAUGGUUGUUACUGCAGGUGCUGGGCAUCGCAGCAGGGGUGAUCCUCACGGGUAUAAUCAUAACUGUGCUGAGUGGAUUAUUAUUACCUCGAGAUGGUGAUUUCGGGCAUGUUACACCGAAGGAGAGACCCGAUAAUAAGAACACUAAAAUACCUGCACCACCACCACCGCCAAUGAGACCACCAGUACUCCUAGAACGUGUCUACUUCAAAGAUAUUAUGGGUAUCGACGAAGCCAAAGAGGAGCUUAUGGAGGUUGUCAAGUUCAUAAAGCAACCUAAAUUGUAUCAUGAUAUUGGGGCUAAGAUACCAAAAGGGGUAUUGCUAGUAGGACCACCAGGAACCGGUAAAACUAUGUUAGCCAAGGCAGUAGCUACGGAGGCUAAUAUACCAUUUAUUUACACUAGUGGUCCCGAAUUUGUCGAAAUUUUUGUAGGCCAAGGUGCACAGAGGGUACGCAAUCUAUUCGCUAAAGCACGGAGACAGGCACCAUGUAUAGUAUUCAUUGAUGAAAUCGAUGCCAUAGGAGCUAAACGUGCAUCAGGAGCUAUGGGAGGCCAGAACCGUGAACAUGACCAGACUCUCAACCAGCUUCUAGUCGAGAUGGAUGGUUUUAACAUAUCCACAGGAAUUACAUUGCUCGCCGCUACUAAUCGUAUGGAAGCACUUGACAGGGCACUGUUGCGCCCAGGACGGUUCGAUCGUGUUGUACACAUCCCUUUACCUUCUCUAGAUGGUCGUGAAGCUAUUUUGCGUCGUUAUUUGUCUAAUGUCAAAUAUGACAAGGAGAAUGUAGACGUACGUGCGCUUGCUAAGCUCACACCGGGUUACUCCGGGGCUGACCUUAAAAAUCUUGUAAACGAAGCUGCAUUAACUUGCGUACGUAAUGGCCGUACGCUGAUAGGUUUUUCGGAUCUACAGGAAGCACGUGACAAGGUUGGUAUGGGUUCUGUGCGCAAGGUUACCCAACCCGAGUUGCAGCGACGUAUGACAGCAUACCAUGAAGCCGGUCAUGCUUUGGUGGCAUACCAUUUGUAUCCUGAUGCUGACCCUGUUCAUAAGGCCACUAUAGUGCAUCGCGGUACGGCACUUGGAUUUGUUGAACAGCUUCCAGAAGAUGACCGUCAGAGUUACAAAUUGGCACAAAUGAAAGCAAGAUUGGCUAUAUGUAUGGGUGGUCGUAUCGCAGAGGAGCUUGUAUUCGGUCGUCAGAAUGUGACCUCUGGUGCAUCUAGCGAUAUAGUGGCGGCUUCGGAGCUUGCUUAUCGUAUGGUAACCGAAUGGGGUAUGAGUCCAAAGCUAGGUCCAGUAAACCUUCGUCGAAUUGGUGGAAUACAGACACCUCAUGGCGUCCGUAAACUAUCACACGAUACUGCUCAGGUGGUUGAGCGUGAGGUUGAACGUUUGGUAAAUGAGGCCCAUUUCCGUGCUUCAUCUAUCCUCCGCCGAUAUCGUAACCAGCUUGAACGUAUUGCAGAACGGCUGUUAGAAGAGGAGACUCUCACCGGUGAGCAGAUUGGUGAGAUAAUCCGUGGAACGGAGUAA